GGAAUUAUAUAAAUCUCAAAAAAAUUAAGACAACUACCAUUCAAAUUCAGAAGCCUGUCACUAUUCUGUCAUUGGGAGAUGCCACAACAACAUGCAUACACGGCACGGGAAAAUUCUCCACAAAGCCUGAAAGGCUACCUUCUAGAAGACUAGAUGACUCGCAGAAGACGUUCGUAGAACUGUGAAUGAUGAUAUUUGCGUCAUAUCUAAAUUACUUGUACUCUAGUGUCUUCUUCUAUUUGUUAAGCAAAAUUGUCUGUAGCGUGGUUAUUUACCGAAGAUCAAUGCAUUGCAAACGCAGCACCCCCCUUUCUAGCAUAUCGGAAAAGAAUGAGACAGAAGAAAAAUGGGUUCCGAAGAAGAAACAUGAAGUGUUAAAAGCGAAGUAUAAGUGUUUGAAGAAGCUGUUUCAGGUUUAUGAUGCGAGUGUCAUAGGGAUGUUGCCGACGCAAGAGGCGUACGCUGCUGGGGACACGGGUGUGGUGGAUGACACCGAUGAUAGUGGGAGGAAGUCUCGUAAGAGGAAGCGGUCGCAUCGGGUCAGGUUGGACGCGUGUGCUGGGACCUCGGAACAUGAGAUCCAAGCUGCUGUUCAGGUGGACUGUUCGAAAACCAGCACAGUAUCCGAAACGGAAUCUUGCACGAAAGCGCCGUCAACCAAGGCCUACGCGGCCACGCAAGCGUCCCGAGAAUCGUUGCUGGCCAGCGAACAUGACUGUGGCUGUGCGAAAACCAGCCAUGUGGUGUUCCGGCCUGCCCCGUGUCCAUGUCCCAGGCCAAGACUGAGUCGCCAACGCAAACGCACACGCUUCCAAUGCUUCGUGCAGCGCCUGCUCGGGCUCCGGAGCCCCAACCGGCAUGGGUGCCUCGACACCGCUGUCAGUGAGAGUGACGUCCAUCGUCUGGGGGGGAGGCGGCACCGCAAGAUCAGAUUCCGCCGCGCUCGCCGGCCGACUCGCGCGUGCUCGGAGGGUGCGAUGCACGGGCCCGCCCAUGUCUGUGCGCAGACAGUCCAACGCAACUGCCUCCUGGACACCACGCCGCGCCAGUGCCCUAUCGCCGGCUGCCGGAUGCUAUACGGCAUCAUCAACUACAACGACCACCUCAACCUGUGCCACUUCCCCGGCCGCCGCUACAUCUGCCACUUCUGCCACGAGGGCUUCGAAGCCAACGAGGACAAGCAGCAGCACGAGGGUGAACAUAUUGGGCUAAACCACCGCUCCCCGCUCCCCCCUUCCUCGCCCCCUCAGACCAGCCGCUCCGGGAUCACCAGCGUGACUCAAACGGACCCUGAACCCACGAAAGAACAAGAUGAGAAACUCAAGAAAAUCGUCUCAUUCUUCGAUAAGAUCGUCGACUCGACGCAGAACCUUGCAGAUAUUAAGAAGAAUAAGCACUUGGAGAUGCACGUACCCACGUGUAAAACUCAGACGGAUGCUCAGACCGAAGUGUCAGCGAGCGAUGGACACUCCAAGCAUACCUCGAGCUGCAGCGAUGUCACAGGGAAGAGGCUCAUUUACAGCUGUAACGAUCUGAGGCGCAGGAACAAUGACCGUCGCUCGCUAGGCUCCGACGCCAUGUCCCAGUGCUGCUCCGAAAAUUGCAACUUUUGCGGGGAAAAUUUUGAUUACAGCCAAGCCUUGGAGCAUAAGUUCGGCGAGUAUCAUUCGUGCGGCGCACUGCCCGCCCGCCGCCGGAGCGCACGCGUCGCCUCCAGUGUGGCAUCCUCCGUCGACUUGGACCAAUCGUCUAGCACCGCGAGCUCCCUAGCCAACUGCAAUGGUGUCCUUUCUCUAACUGAUAACUACGAGGACGCCAAACCGGCCCCCAAGUCUUCCACCAGCGUGGUUUACACCGCGUCCGAGUGUAGCAGAAAGGUCAGCACGCGCUCAUUGGCCGAUAGAUUCAAGAGCUACAAGUGGGAGCCUUGGCACCAUAUCCUUCCAGCAGAACCAGCAGAUUUUGAAAAACUCUUCUGGUUGAACCUGCUAACUGUACCUUAA